AUAUAAGAACUAGAUUCCAUUCAGUUUUAAUUUCCAUUAUUCCGCUGGUGACGUGACAGUGAGCUGUUUGUUUGUUUUCGUGCAGGAAAGGACCAUGUGGAAUAUUUUCCUGCAAAAAACCUGACUCUGCAGACACAAGGAUGUCUUGGCCUGCUCUGUACGCUCAGUUAGUCGGGGCCAACCGUCACUCCACCAGCCUGGGCAAAGUCUGGCUCUCGGUGCUCUUUAUUUUCCGGGUCAUGGUGCUGGUUGUCGCUGCUGAGAGCGUCUGGGGGGACGAGCAGUCUGACUUCACCUGUAACACACUACAGCCUGGCUGUGAAAACGUCUGCUACGAUCAGUUCUUCCCGGUCUCCCAUAUCCGUCUAUGGUGUCUUCAGCUUGUCUUUGUUUCCACGCCAACGCUACUGGUUACGAUGUACGUGGCCUAUCGGAACCACAGCGACAAGAAGAGGCUCCUACAGGGUUCUGGUAGAGCUGCUUUCCUCAGCAGCAAAGGCCAGGAGGAAGAUCUAGAGACUCUGAAGAGACGGAGACUCCCAGUAGCUGGUGCCCUCUGGUGGACGUACGCCUGCAGCCUGGUGUUCAGGUAUGCCCUCUAUGUGGUGUACGAUGGUUUCCAGAUGCCACGGCUGGUGCAGUGUGACCAGUGGCCGUGUCCUAACCUGGUGGACUGCUUCAUCUCACGCCCCACAGAGAAAACCAUCUUCACCGUCUUCAUGGCCACUGCCUCCUCCAUCUGCAUGGUCCUUAACAUGGCUGAACUUGCAUAUCUUGUUGCCAAGGCUGUCACUAGGAGUCUCUGUAGUCAGAAGGAGAGGAAAACAUGCAGAAAAUCCAGUCGAGAGAGGACGCUGAACAAGACAAACCAGAAGUCACUUGUCUCAACCUGAGGAAGCAGGAACAAGGUGGACCAUACAUGCAUUUGAAAGACUUUAAAACUGAAUAUUUACAAGUGGUACACAUGUGAAUGAUCCAAAAACAUGUGUAAAUACAACUCAAGAAAGUGAACAUUUUCUAUGAUAUCUACGAUGUUUUAAAUGUAACAUUCAAGAGGUGGAGAAGAUGGAAUUGGUGUCAACAACUCCAAACUGUAUUUUUACAUGAUACUGUCUGAUCAAUACUUAAUUGUUAAUACUAAAAUCAAUUGCAUAUAAAUACAUUCACCAUUUCCUACUUUAUUUACUUAUCUUUAUUGCUUGCUAGUCUUUAAAGUAUGAUUUAACAACAAUUGAAAUCAUUAUUAUUACCUUUAUCAUACCAUUUAAUUAAUCAAUUUUAUUUAAAUUUCAUUAACCCAUGUGAUUAUUUGAUUCAUAAAAAAAAAAACUGUUUUGACAAAACCAGGACAACUCGUGUACAACAGAUGCAUCAAGUGCUCUACUGUAUUGACCUCUGUUGACCUCUGCUGGUGGCCAGCAGUGACUGCACCACCUUUGACUGGUCCAUGGAGGGACAGUCACUGACACAAAGUAAACACAAAUGACAAUAUCAACCCAUAACAAGUUACCAUGGUGACGUAAUUUGUGGUCUUAUUACAAAAAAACUAGAAAGCCUACUUAUGGAGAGGGCAAAAAUAUGAAAGAUACGCUAACUUAAGAUUGUUUUGUCAUUUGUUUUUCAUUUAGUGCCAGUUUUUUAGAACACUUUUUGUUUAUUUUUCCUAAUUUUUUACAUUUAUUGCAUAUUUCCGGCAUGACUUAAUGUCAGAUAUUAGGCUACUUAUGGAGAGGGCAAAAAUAUGAAAGAUACGCUAACUUUAAUGCUAUGCAGAUUGUUUUGUCAAUUGUUUUUCAUUUAGUGCAAGUUUUUUUAAAACACUUUUUGUUUAUUUUUACAUUUAUUGCAUAUU